GAACCGAGCGGACACGGCAGCGGUAGACGACAGCGAUUAAUAUACAAUUUAAAAAUGCACUUGAUAUGAAAUUCAGAGUGUACCACUGAUUAAAAGAAAGUAAACAAAAAUUAGUGCGCGUGACUUUGUUUAGCUACAGCAGCUGACAAAAAAUAAAAAAUAAAACAUUCAAAGAAUAAUACUCAGCUCAGUGUUGUGAAAUUCGAAACAGGAGAAGCAAAGCGAUUCAAAUAAGCAAGAGCAAAGCAAAGCAAAGCAAAGCAAAAGAAAAGUGCCGCCACAGAGCAAUAGGCAAACAUAACGGAAACUGUGUGCAAAGUGCAUAAAAACGUGACGACAGCCAGCAAGCAUAAUUCUGUGCUCUGUGCUCUCUGCUCUGUGCUCUGCGCCCUGCUUUUCGUUUUGCGUCUAGUAUUCCUUUUUGUGUUACUCGUAAUCUAAAAUACUAAGUGUUCUGUGUCUGAUUUGACAAAACAUACACAUAUGUACCCGUAGCCGUAAUAUUUGUGUGUGUUACUUGUCUUUGGGAGAAAAUCAAUUUCUGUGCUCCCAUAUCUGUUCAGUUCUACCCCGAACAAUAGUAGGAUAGGAUAAUCGCGAGCUUCGACCCCUGCCAGCGAGUGGAGCCGCAGACAUUCCGGGCCUAACCCAGAGCACAGCAAUCUCCUUAUAUGUGGAGGGGUGCAGGAGAGACUUGGACCGUUGCAUCCGAACCAGAGUCUGGAUAGGCAAGCGAGCCCGAGCGAGCCAUGACGGAGCACCACAUGGACGUGCACGCCGACGCGACGCAGAGUGCAUCCGAGUCCAAGGCCAUGGCUGCGCCCAAGGCCAAGUUCUUGGAGGCCGAGGAGGGCUUCCUCUCCACCUCGCCGGACAGUGCCAACGGCGAUGCCCAGCAGUCCCAUACCCACACUCACACCAUCUCACACGCGCACUCCAGAGGAGCUGCCAAAAACCAAAAUGGAAACGGAAGCCUGGCACUGGGGCUGGGGCUGGGGCUGGGCGCUCCGAUGCCUGGCGGCAGUCGCCAGCUGCUUCGGCAAGCCUUCCACCAGUGCUCGUGUCCGGAUCAGUGCGUCACCCUGAACAACAUACUGGACUCAUUCAAGGCCCCGCUCUCCGAGGACCAGGCCUGGGCCCUCAUCUACCAGUUCGCCUCCCUCUACUACAAGGUGGCUGCCCAGGCCCACAAGUCCGGCGGGGACUACGAGGCCGACAUUCCCACCCGCUUCGAGCUGCACUUCCACCGCGAUGGCACUGUGCACUUCUCUGGCGCGGAUCGGCUGCCAGAGCUCGAGCUGGAAUCCCAGGAGCAGGAGGACUCCCAGCAGCAGCAGCAGCAGCAGCGGGAGCAGAAGCAGCCGCAAAUGGAUGACAGCGCCACCAGCAGCGUGGACAGCAAUGCAGCCAUUGAUAGAGCCUUUGACAACAACAAUCAUCACCACCAUCAUCAGCACCACACGCCGCUCGUCGUCUCGCAUCGAAAGAUUAUCAGCGAGAUGGCGGAAAUCGUGUACACCGCAUUGGACUACAACCUGCCGGAGGAUGAGGAGUGCCAGAUGUCGCAGGAGCUCGAGAAUCUGUUCAACUUUAUGACAGCAGAUGAGACUGACGAGGAUUGCAUCGACGAGGGCAUCGACGAGGGCGACAAGCGCUGGGACGACGAGGCGGAGGAGGAGCGCAACGAUACCAAAGAACUAGAGCACAUAAUCGAGACCUGCAGAAACCACCUGCAGAAACCCGCACUAGCAGACAAUCACUAUAAGGCCGUGUGCCGAGCCCUGGUAACGGAGACAAUAGAGCUGCGCGUGUUCCUGCAGCAAGUCCUGAACAAUGGUGCCGAGAAGCUGAUCAAGGCCUCAGAAUCGUCUCCGACCACACAGAAAGAACUGGCGAAGCUGGGCUUCAACGACUGGGCACGCUUCUGGGUGCAGGUGAUCGACGAGCUGCGCCGCGGCGUCCGCCUGAAGAAGAGCAACUUCGAGCGCACACCCAUCGAAUACGAGCUGACGCCCUACGAGAUACUCAUGGGGGACAUUCGAGCCAAAAAGUAUCAGUUGCGCAAGGUGAUGGUCAACGGAGAUAUACCGCCGCGCGUCAAGAAAGAUGCCCAUGCCAUGAUCUUGGAGUUCAUCAGGUCACGGCCGCCAUUGAAGAAGGCAUCCGAGCGCCAACUGGGCCCGCCCCGGAAGUGCACGCCCUCGCCCAGAGAACAGCUCAUGGAGUCCAUCCGGCAGGGCAAGGAGCUGAAGCAGAUCACCCCACCAGAGGCGCCCCCCUUGAGGCAGAGACUGCUUCCAAGUGCGAACUCCACGCUGUCACGUUCCAGGCAGCGGCUCAUUAAGGUGGAUUUCUCACAGCUCCAGGACGACGAGCUCUUCUUCGAUGAGUCCAGCAUGAGCAGCUCCCACUCCACAGCGGCCACACACCAGCACCACCAUCAGCACCACCAUCAGCAUCACCAUCCCCAUCUCGCCGAGCUGCAUCGCUGCUCCCAGCCCAAGAUGCCACCGUAUCCGUUUGGGGGCUACAUGGUGCCCAGCCAAGCGCGGCAAGAGUGCCAGGCGACGGCGUCGCUGAUGCGGCCCAGACGCACAAUGGAUCCACGCAAGCAGCCUCAGCCUCAGCCUCAACCACAGCCACCCCCGCCUGCAGAGCCAUCCUUUACGGAGGACGAGUACCACAGGUUCUUCGACAAUGCCCUGGAAUCCUACGACCUGGCCACUCAGUGCGAGUCGCGACGCGCCUCUCUGCGGCGCCACACCAUCGUGGGCUGCCAGAGCAACCUGGAGGAGACGCACUCGAUGCCAGCCACGCGCCCCGAGUCGCGUCAAUCGGAUGACGCAGGCAGUCAGUCGGGAGCCAGCUGUGAGGCCCCCAGGAAGAGCCCCCUGACGACGGGUGAGCACUCGCAGAGGACGGAGGUGCCGCCCAGGCUGGACGAGGCUCAUUCAACAUCCUCGCUUGGCCCAUGGAACAAGUCCUUCAUGGAUAAACAAACCUGGAUGGAACGGGGGGACGAUCGCCUGUCCGUCACGCUGGCGGAGAUCGUUCACAUACGUUCUGUCAUGACCAAGGCCGAGCUGGAGGGCCUGGAAAAGCGUCGCGUCUGCUUCCUGUGCCUGCGCACACGCUUCUCCUUCUUCGGGCCCUGGGGUAUCCAGUGCAAGCUCUGCCAGCGCACUGUCUGCGCCAAGUGCUACACCAAGAUGCGCAUUCCCUCGGAGCACUUCAGGAACGUUCCCCUUGUGCUGAUCUCACCAUCGCUGCUGUCCAGUCCGGCCAGCUCGAGCACCCCCUCACCCUCUCACCACGCCCACCAGGCGCACUCCUCGUCGACGGGGAACAUAGUGGAUGACCAGUUCCCCAAGUCCCUGAUUGAGCGUCUCCUGCGCUCCGAGUCAGAUAGAAAGACUCGCAGCACUGUGGGCAGUGCACCAUCCUCACCCAAGCACCAAAGAUCAAACAUGAGCACUCCCGGCAUCAGCGUGGGCCCGGGAGCCGGCGCUUCCUCAUCAUCCGCCGCCCCCGGCCAUGCCGUGGAGGCCCUGCACGACCAGGCGUCCAUGUCCGCCUCCUACUCGUCAGCCAUGCGACCCUCGGGCGUGAUGCAGCACCACCAGAAGCACCACUACAACAACGCCAUGUCGCGGAGCAUGGAGGGACCCCGGAGUCUGCCCGUGCACAGCCCAGCAUAUCGACCGCUGUCCAACAGCAGCACCCUCGAGAGGAAAUCCCGGUUCUCGAGGGGAUUCGCCUUGUUCUCCUCGGGCAGCCAUUUGGCCCAGACCCAGGAUCAGAAGGAGAACCAGCGCGGCGAGCAGGUGCCCGUCUGCAACGACUGCCAAGGCCUCGUCAACGAGAUCACCAGCUCUGUAAAGCAGAAGCGCAGCUCUGCGAGGAACCGCACCAUUCAGAAUCUCACCCUAGAUCUGACGCCAGUCUGGAAAUAAGCUCCGAUUGGCCCAGACAGAUCCACACCCUUCAGUGCGUUUCAAGACUAUAGGACACUGACUGUAGGAAUCUAUCCAUUUCGAAAUGGUAUCUGCCAGUUCGACAACUGAGAGACAUAUUCUUCGAGAAUACCCGAAAACCAAUUGCUUAAUUUAUUCGAUGACGGACCACGGACCUUAUUUGAUGACUGACUCUACACCAGAACUGUCUGAAGUCGAUAUAUUUUCAAUAUUCUCGGCAUUAACUGAGCCUUUUACGUGUUUUAUGGGACUGGAACGCACUUAACGCACUGCGGAAGAUACAUGCAUACAUACAUACGUGCAUAUUUAUGGAUUAUGGAUUAUAUGGACUGUUGUACACAUUGAAAGAUAGAGCCUCGAGGAGACGCCCUCCUGCCCUUGUAAAUCGUGUUAGUUUAGUGAAUAAGCAAAGGAGAGAACGAACAUUCCUGGCUGAAGCUUUGUACAUUUUCUGCCGGCUACAGAGAGAUGAUCCGCUUGAGCGCACGCGCACCCCACCACAUACGAUACGAGUAUAUACAUACAUGCAUACAUAUAACGACAACUAACUCUAUACUAUACAUAAUACCACAUACAAUACCACUCCACACUAUAUUAGCGCAGUACAAUGCCGUUGUUUGUAAAUGUUUAAUUUAUACGUAAAUGUUGAUUAAGUAUAUACUCAUAGCUCAUACUAGCUCCUGUAAGUACCUAUGUACGAUCCGUAUGUAACCCGCAAUAGUAUCUCCGGCUUGUGCUCUCGAUUUAUCAAGAGAUUGAAAUGAUUUUGAAAUGAUCCCCAGUUCGAAGACAUGAUUUUGGAUAUUGUUAAGAUAAUGUUGUGAAAUGUUUGUGCUUGCGCAGAUCGAAUUCUUGUUUCCUUGUGAAAUUCUCGUUGUUCCCCAGUCUGAUGUCCACCUACAACGUCAAUGUAUAACGCAAGAUAACUCCGAGUUGAUAGCCUAAUUUAAUUUUAGUCUUUGUUGCAAUGCAACCCAUACUAUUUAGUUAAUUGAUCGCAUAGUUUUAAUUUCCGCCUACCAUCUAAGCGACGCGACCGUUCAUAUUGUACAAGCUGCGAUGCAAAGCAACACCCUAACGAAAUCAUUAAUUAUUGUAUACCUAUACCUAUCGUAGCCCCAUAAUACUGAAGUUCUAGUGAACGAACAAGUUUGAUUUUUUUUUGCCCCCUAUUUGUAAACGCAUUUAAACGUAUUUGUAAUUUACGAGAGUUAAUCUUACACUUUUAAUGCUUUUAAGUUGAAUUAUUUUGCUUUGAUUUAUAACAAAAACACCACAAAGAGAACGGAAAUACACUAAAACGCAAUGAAACACUUAAAUAAAAUGUAAUUAAAAA